CCCUUCUCCCCGCUGGACCGGCACAAUUCCAUCGUACACGUAUAUCCUCUCAUCAUGAUCGACGCCCACCUGUCAACACGCGCGCAGCCUGCUAGCCUGGCCGACACGCACUUUGGUUUCUUGUUCAUUGGGUUCUGCGUUGCGACGGCGUUGCUGGGGUUCACCGUCUCGCAGGCUUGCAGGUAUUUGAGCGAAUGUCGGCGAGAUCCACUGCUGGUGCGGAUAGUCGUGGGGGUGUUGGCUGCGGUGGAGAUCGGGAUUACGGCUUUCACGGGGCAUACGCUUUACUUCAUCCUCAUCACGAGUUUCGCCGAUAUCUCCGCUCUGAACGGGACGUCGUGGGCCUUCGCGGCAUACAACUUAACGACAUCGGUGGUGAUCUUCACGGUGCAGAUGUUCUUCUGCUAUCGAUCAUGGAGGCUGAGUAGGGGUGAAAUGAAGGCUAACCUGAUUAAUUCGCUGCUGUUUCUUUGCAUUUUUGCUGGAUUUAUCAUGUCUAUGAUCUCCUCUGCGAAGAUGGUCCGAAAAGAUCUCCUUCAUGCGUUGAGAAACCCGUCGCUGGAAAUCAUCACCGCGAGCGGCAUUGGGCUCGCGGCGUUCAGCGACAUCCUCAUCACGGCAACGCUAUACUUCUAUAUCGGCGCGUCCCGGACGGGAUUCAAACAGACGGAAGGCACGAUCAUGCGCAUGUGUAACUGGGUACUCACGCGUGGCAUCCUCAUUCUCCUCUGUCACGUCCUCACGUUCGUGACUUUCAUGGCCUGCGACAUUUUUACGUGCCUGUUCUUCCAUCAGCAGCUGUCGAAGCUCUACUGCUUCACAUUCUUUGUUCUCCUACUGGAGUUCGAGCCAUUCCGCCUGGCAUCGCGCGCGCCUUCGCGUCAGGGAAGCUAUCAGGACGCGCUGAAUUCGAAUAUCAUCCUCAAGGUCGAGCUCAAUACGGAUAGCUCGGGUGAUCGCGAGUUCGAUCUCGCCUCUCUCCAAAGUUCCCGAAAAGAAGCACCGUUCUCGGUAUGAGCUUUCCUUGCCUACGGCAUGGUGUAUCAGACUAGCGGCGCGAACGUCAAGAAACCGUUGCAUAGACGUCGACUCCGCGAACCGCUAUAUGAUGUAUUCAUCACGAGCUGGACAAUUUUCGCCUGGAUUUAUGGGCUGUGCCCUCACUUUUGAACCAGAUGUGACCUUGCUUUUCCAGCUGGUGUCGUGCCGCAAGGCCGUAUUUGAGUAGGAUAGCACAAUAUAUCGACUUACG